ACCAGUUCGCUGGCUCUCUUUGCGUGGCUCGUGUUGCUUCCGUGUUGGCAGCUCGGUCGUCACUCGUUCAAUCUUUAAAUCCCUCGCCGGAUGCCCUAAAUCUUCUCUUCACUCACUCGGCUCGGAGAGGUGGAGUCAGUUUUGGCAAAGAUGCUGGACGUUUGGACGUGGAUUUCUGAGUUGCCCGACUCAGCGGUACGGGCCGAGCCAGACUCGAGCUCGCCACAGGUCUUCGAGCUCGCGAGUUCCAAGACGGGUGACGGCAGAGCGGCUCGCUCGAUCCGGAUUAGGGCGGACUGGACGUCGAGACCCGGUUCGGAACCAGCAGUGACCUUGGCGGUCCUUGCUUGCGGCUUCCAAGAAUCUGGCGAGGAGAGGACCCUCUGGGUGUCCGACGCGUGCCCUCUCUCCUCGGACAAGCCGUUCCUCCCGCUGCUGCUCCAGCUUCUCCGAGAGACGAUCUCGCGGUCGCCGGCCGCCGCACAUGGGAGCUCGUGCCCACGCUCCCAGCUCCAGAAGCUCCGUCCCGACCCGGUCUCCUGGAUCAUGGACUCCCACUCGCCCGAAUCCCUGUCGAGCUUCUUCAACCUGGUGUUCCUUACGCGCAUGUUCUGGGCGUGCUCGUUCAACGCGCCGAGCGAGGUUGGGUCCUUCUACUUUGAGUCCCUGCUGGCCCCGAACCUGGAAGUGCUGUCGUGCGAGCACGCGCCCGUGCUGCGAACCUUCUUGCGGUCAGUCGGCGUCGACGCAGAAGCGUGUUUCAUGCGCGCCCUCGGUUACAUGCUAGCGAAAUGGCUCAUUCUGAGGGAGGUGGGCGUAGGAUUACAAGCCCUAACGCCGUUGCCCGUUCAGGGACUCUCGUUCUCCUACGCGACGGAGGCUCACGGCCUUUGGAUCUUGAAGGGCUACUCGCCGGUGGCGGCCAUGAAGCUCACAUGCUCGAACGAUCAGAUGAAGUUUCCGGUCAGACAAGCGAAAGAUUCGAUACUAAAGUACGUGCUGGCGCACCAGCAACUGGAGGCCGUUGUCCAGUUUGAAUAUUUGGUCAAGUUCCAUGACGGGUAUAUCCAGGUCAAUGCACGCGUCGACAACAUACGCCUCCACGUGGUGAAUCUCGGGUUCGGCAAGGAGAGUGGUGGCGAUGACUUGGCAUUCGCCGGCGAGAGGCAUUUCCCUUCCAGGGCCCGCAUCUGGGUCGGACCGGAGGUCGGGGCGACGUAUGUGGGCGGGCUCAGCCUGGGGCGGUCCACAAGCAACGGGGAGAGAGAGCUGGAGACGCACAGGGUCAUGAAGAGCACCUUGGGAAAGCCCAAGGCGACAGAGGUGAAAGCCGCCGGGAAGACGGCGACGAGGGUGAGGCUGAGGAACUGGAGGUGGGACCAGGACUCAGAAGGCAAUGCCGCGGUGUUCGACGCGGUCCUCUGCGACAACACCACCGGCCAGGAGGUAGCCGCGUGGCAUCCGCCUGCCGGCGGCGGCGACGGGUUCCGGAGGAGGUACGCCACCGCGAGCCGGCCGUUCACGAAGUCCGGAGGGUUAGUAUUCGCCGGAGAUGAGUACGGAGAGAGCGUGGGGUGGAGGCUGAGUAGGGAGAUGGAAGGGAGUGUGCUGAAGUGGAGGAUUGGAGGGCAGGUGUGGCUGAGCUACUUGGCCAACGAUGUGAAGAGCUCAUACUUUGAGACUAGGGUUGUGGAGUGGUGUGAUGAGAUUGACUUGCCUCUCAUUCCUGGCAAAGUGGCAUAGGAAAAUCUGAAAUUUAUUGUUUAGUAUGGUCAAUAUAUGUAAAUGCUUAAUUCAUAUGUAUUGUUAUUAUUCUAUCUAGCUUUGUGGUAAAUGUAGUUACACCCAAUAAUGUACCUGAAAUCUAAUUAGAAACUAUGGAAGGAAACCUCUAUUUAGU